CUUCGUGCGGCGCCUCCCGCCCGGACGCGCAGGCGCGGAGACCGGAAGUCCCUGGCCGGGAGGUUCCGGGUUUCCUGGGCUACUACGAUGGCGAUGAGUUUCGAGUGGCCGUGGCAGUAUCGCUUCCCGCCCUUCUUUACGUUGCAGCCCAACGUGGACACGCGGCAGAAGCAGCUGGCCGCCUGGUGCUCGCUGGUCCUGUCGUUCUGCCGCCUGCACAAACAGUCCAGCAUGACGGUGAUGGAAGCGCAGGAGAGUCCGCUCUUCAACAAUGUGAAGCUGCAGCGGAAGCUCCCAGUGGAAUCAAUCCAGGUUGUAUUAGAGGAGCUCAGAAAGAAAGGGAACCUCGAGUGGUUGGACAAGAAUAAGUCUAGCUUCCUGAUCAUGUGGAGGAGGCCAGAAGAAUGGGGAAAGCUCAUCUAUCAAUGGGUUUCCAAGAGUGGCCAGAACAACUCCGUGUUCACGCUGUAUGAAUUGACCAACGGGGAAGACACAGAGGAUGAGGAGUUCCAUGGGCUGGAUGAGGCCACCCUCCUGCGGGCUCUGCAGGCCCUACAGCAGGAUCACAAGGCGGAGAUCAUCACGGUCAGCGACGGCCGAGGCGUCAAGUUCUUCUAGCAGAGACCCAUCUCUGCCGUUGCUUCUUAUCUCCCACCCUUCCAGGGCUUUCCAAUGGAGAUAGACCCAGCGUUCCUACCGGCUGGACCUGGGACUCCACCAGACUCUCAAGGGCUCCCAUCCAGGGUUGGGUCUCCUGCUUACCCGCGUCGGUCCCUGGACCGGGUGAGGCUGAGGUGUCGGAAGAGAUGGGCUUCUCCUUGCCCCACCUCUCCUCUUGCCGAGGUCGCCCCUGAACCAAGACCUGUAAACCCAGCACUGAACAUGCGUGCACACAUAAGCGCAUGCACACACAUGCACGCCUGCUCAAACGUCUGUCUCUUCCCUCUCCCACCCCCUUAGCUGCUGUUAUCUCCCCUCUCAGGCUGGUGCUGGAUCCUUCCUAGGGGAUGGGGGAAAGGCCCGGCUGCAGGCAGCCUUCCAGGCAAUAGGAAGAUAAAAAGCCCAGAAGGGGCGGGCCGACACUGAUUGAUGAUAUUAAAAAGUUAAACCCUACAA